AUGGCAGGCAAUGCCCCCGAGCUAUACGCGUCUCUCCCUCCAGAAUCGCAGAAACUCGUAGAUAAUGUGGCUUCUGCCUUUAUAUCUUCCUUGACAAACAUAUUGGAGCAUAAUUUUAAGCAAAAUAAACAUGCAUCUGGGCACAAUGUUGCCAGUGAAUACACAUCAAGUCAGAAACUGGCAGUUUCAUUUGCAAAUCGCUGGUUCACCGGGCUUAUAAACGAAUUGGUCCAGCAACUAUCGAAUUUAGAUCGUAACAUGCACUUAAAUCGCAAGUUUACUUCAACGGCCAAGCCUACGGAACUGCUAGUUGAGUCGCGAAUGGAGGGCGACCAGGGCAAUCACACUUGCUCAGUGCCACACAUACAAAUGGACGGAGAGGGACGUAUACAGGUUAACUAUGACAGUGAAAUGGAUAGUAAGUCAGAAGAAUUGACAGCACAGGAUUUUGGUCAUUUGCUGUUUACGGGAUUGCAGCAUCAGAUGGCCAUCAUGAACACUCUGCAGCAGUUUUGGAGUGUGUGUGGGUCACUUGUGCUAAAAUCAGUGUCCAAAUUCAAGAAUAUGCCAAUUGAUCCAGCAUGUUCUGCCGAUUUUACUAGCAUGAAUCCCGCCGGUAAAUUUGAAGAUCUUGUGUUUUCCAAAACGUGGUACCAGGCGGUGGAUGAAUCUCUUGGUAUUGUCCCAAUUAGGGCGUCUGAGGAUGUGGAAGGGAUUAUUGGGCUUAAUGAAUUGCAUGAGAUAUCAAAGAAGCUGGAGAUUGAGAUGGGGGAUGCGAUUGAACAGGCAAGGGUACUCAGCAGGAUCAAAUCGUUAAUUGACGAUCAUAAUUGA